UCUCCGAGCAAGAAGAAGAAAGAAAAAAAAAAACUUCACCUUCACACCCUCACUUCCCUCAAACUCCAUUUCCACCAACCUCGCCGCCAUGUUACCAGCGGCGACAUCAUGCCGGACCUCCAUGUGCAUCUCCCCCAAUCCGGAGCAACAAAACCUCCUGCUACGAAGCGCCAAACCCAAAACCACCCUCCAAAAACACCCCCUCUACGAGACCACCCACUCCAACAUCUCCUUCCAAUUCAAGGAGAAAAUCCUCUGCCUCGAGAUCAUGGGCGUCGACUCCGGCCGCGCCCUCGCCGUCAACCCCGCCCUCCACACCGCCUCCCUCCACGCCAUCCACGACAUCGUCACCUUCCUCCAGUCCAAGGGCAUCCACCUCAAGGACCUCGGCAGAAUCUUCGGCAUGUGCCCCACCGUCCUCACCUCCGACAUCAAAUCCGGUCUCGCUCCCGUCUUCCAUUUCCUCUCCCACGACCUCCGCGUCUCCGAUCUCAAUUUCAGGAGAGUCAUCAAUAAAUGCCCCAGGCUCCUCAUCUCCAGCGUCAGGGAUCAAUUGAAGCCGGCUCUGCUUUACCUCCAGCGGUUAGGGUUCACGGAUCUGCACGCGCUGGCUUAUCAGGACCCGAUCCUGCUGGUGUCGAGCGUGGAGAACACGCUGAUCCCCAAGCUGAAUUACUUCGUGAGCUUGGGAUUCUCGAAGAGCGACGCGGUGAAGAUGGUUCUGAGAUGUCCGGCGCUGUUUACCUUCAGCAUUGAGAACAAUUUCAAGCCGAAAUUGGAGUAUUUUACCGGGGAGAUGAAGGGGGAAUUGGGGGAAUUGAAGGAGUUUCCGCAGUAUUUUGCGUUUAGUUUGGAGAAUAGGAUCAAGCCGCGACAUAUGGAGGUUGUACGUAGUGGAGUGAAGGUUGGACUGCCGCUGAUGCUCAAAGCCACUGAUGAAGAAUUCAGGGAACUGUUGAUGAGGAAAUGAGGUGAUAAUAUAUAAAGUAGUAUUGUCUUCUUCUUUCAUCUAUGUAAGUACUUACUAUAUAUUAUUGCCACUGUAAAUCCUUCAUCUGUGUAAAUCCAUUUUUGGCCUAUUUAUCUCUGUGCUUCUAUUAUUCAACGAGCUUCAAUGGCAUUUUCGUGUCUUGAAAGGGGAAAUUAGUUUGUUUUGUUUUUGAAAUUUGUUCUUGCUAGAAGAAAGAUCAAGAAUCCUAUAAAGUUACCUUGUAGUAUUAUGAAGAGAGGGAAGGAUAUGGAUGGGAUAUUGGGAUGUGCAUAAAAUCCGUAUUAGCUAGGCGAAAGAAACGAUUCAAAGGGGGGAUUUUGGGCUGAUGCGUUACAUAUAGAUAUAAAAACGGAUAAGGGGCUGCAUGGAAGAAUGCUGGGAUCAAGAUUCUGGAUGAAGAUCAAACGCAAGAUGAAUGGCCAGGUUCUGUGCCAUUUUAAGCUUUUGAUCAUCGUUUUAUGGUCUCUUGAUUUGAUGAACUGACAUGUGUGAUGUUUGUGUUGUUUUCUUAAUUUGUGCUGGCUUUUAGUUCACAUUUGACAGUUUUUAUCUGUUCAUACUUUGAUUCUUACUCAAUUUAUCAUGUAAAGAUUGUUGGGAAGACUGUUAUGUGCAUUCAUAUAUGAUUGGCCAGGCUAGUAGAAGAGGAAGGAAUAUUAUCAAUAAUAAGGUGAGCAUGGCAUUUCCUCUUCAUCUUCUUUAGAUCCAUUUAGCUUCCUGGUAUUAAUAGUAUUGCUUUCUUGAUUUAUAGCUGUAUAAUUUGCUGCUUGAUAUGAUUAAGCUUCAUACAAUUAUUAGUUUAAUCUUUCCUAUAUAAUACACUAUACCGCCAGUGUUGUAAUAAUUGUCAUUUUGUGACGUAUCAUUUCGUUAAUCGAGCAGUCUUCAUGAUCA